AUGGGUAAAACGACGUCCUCCCUGAAAAUCGAGAAAUCGUUUCACGUGUUGACGAUCAAAGCGAUCCACGUCAUCAGUGACGACGAAGUGGUGAUUCAUUUGGACGAUGGAAUUCACAAAAAGAAGAUAAAUAUGAAGUGUACAGUACACUCCGGAACACAUUUGGCACGUCAAAUGCUCUCAGCCAUCAAACAUUAUUUUCCAGAUUUUGGCGCCUACCUUCCCACAUCAAUCGAUGUAAACCCCGCCCUCCUGUACACGGAAUUCUCGACCCUCCCCACCGCUUCGCCCCGCCCAUGUCACUCGUUCCGUCGAACGUACGCCGCCUUGUGCGAUUUCUACGAUCAACCGUACCGGGAAGAAGUCUCGUGGGAUGUCGAGAAAAUAUACACGGCGAAUAAAUUGAAAGAUUUGAAAAUUGACGAUUUCUCUCAUUUAUUGCCGAAAGAUUUGUUGCCGAUCGUCGGUGUUCUACAGUACUCCUCGUAUUUUACGGGAUUAAUUUGUGACGGUGUUCGUGUGUCUUCUGAAGUUAUCGACGUCAUACUGAGUGUCAUUAGGAAAUCACAUAAUUUGAGAAAGUUGCAAUUAAGGAGUUGUGCACUGCCAAAAGACUUUGUGACUCUCCUCGCUUCGGCUCUCCACAAUAAUCAGAAUGCGUGCUUAGAGCAUCUCGACGUCUCCAGAAACCCCAUAGACGAUAAGAAGGGAUUCACGAUUCUCUCGUCGGUGUUGCCACGUCUCAACCAGUUAAAAUACGUGAAUGUAGCCGAGUGUCAGUUGACGGACAAAUCGAUUAAUUUGCUGUGUACUGGACUUUAUAACGGAAUGACAUCGUGUAAAAGUGGCGGAAUGCAGUUGACCGAACUGAUUCUAUCGUCGAAUCCGAUUAAGGAUGAUAUCUCCGGCAUCAUCAACCUCGUCUCAAUCUGCACCUCGCUCCGCGUCCUCGACCUCUCUGACACGGGAAUCCACCUGGAUAAACUCUGGAAUUCGCUGAAAUUCGGUGGUCUCCAAAUCGAGAAACUCCUUCUAAACGGAUGUACACUCGGUGGGAAGAAGUCGGAAGGUGUGCAAACAGCGAAGGAAUACUUCUCAAUGGCCGUUCAACUGACGCAUAUCUCCUUUAAUAACACCUCAAUGCCAUCCGAAUAUCUCAAAGCGGUUUUGCUCGGUCUGGCAUCGAAUCAACAGUUGCAACCGUUCCGUUUGGAUCUAGACUCCACUUGUGAGAAAGGAUCCGCGAAUGUUCUCGACGCGUGCAUCGGCGGAGUUCGUUGCGAGACCCUUAGUCUUCGUGAUAACAAUUUGGAUGGAGACUUACAAGGCGUCCUUCAGAGUCUUAUGAUGGUCACCUGCCUCCGACGACUUGAUAUAGGAGGAGCUAAUAUGAAUGGGUUGAAAAAGAACAAUAAGCAAGCUCAUGUUAUCAACAAGAUUCUACUGGACGUAGUGAAGUUGUAUAGUGAAGAGGGGUGUCUGGAAGAGUUGAAUUUGUCGGAGGCACGACUUGGCGCCUAUUUGAGUGUCCUUCUUAACACCCUGGGUGCCACAACCACUCUGAAAUCCCUUGAUAUCAGUGGAAAUGAGAUUGGCAACUUUGGCGCCCGUAUCCUAUCCAAAGCGCUUCAAGUGAAUGUAUCCCUCCGAUCGGUUUCCAUCGAUAACAACCACAUCGGUGCGGAUGGAUUCGUCGACUUGGCCACCUCAAUGAAAAUGAACCAUACGUUGACUCAUUUCCCGUAUCCCGUACAAGACGCGUUCGAUUGUCUCCAACGACAGGAGAGAAGUCGUGCGACCGCGGCGUUGAGUCAGAUUCAGAAUUGUCUGUAUCGCAACCGAACUGCAAUCGGUGCGGAUGAGGCGAACUGCAAACGAAUGUUUGCAGGAGGUGUCCUUCUGGCUAUGGAGAAGGCUAGUGAUGAUAUAGUAGGGGGAAUUGUGGACUCUAUAUCAACCUAUGGUCAGGAGCCAUUCCCUCCGAAAAUGUCGGAAAUAAUCGAAGAAUUCGUUGCGAAAUUCCAAACGGAAGGUGGGCGUCUCAUAGCUGAGAACAUCUCACGUACCAUCGGCGGUGACUUGAACGCCACGUCACGAAGAGCCGAACAGCUCGCCGUCGCACGUCUCACAGAGGUCGCCACCGAACAGGUCAAACAUGUGUUCAGCGAGUGGAAGUGGCGGGAAAUGUGUGAGCACGUUGAGUCGGAGCUCUCGCGGACGUCGAUCGGAGGAUCUGGCGACGCGUGUAGCCUUGGGAGAACUUCUUCCGUUGGCACCGGCUCACCAGCCAUGUCUUCGCCGUUUACACCGAAACGGGCGGGGCAUAGACCCAGAAGUAUCAUUGGAGACCUUACGUCUUCUACGACGUCUUCUGAGACUAUUGGUGGUGGGAGUGAGCAGGGAGUCAACCUGGACCUCCCACCCAAACCAUCCGGGCUCUCGCAUCUUCAGAAGGCGAGACCCAGGAAAAGGGGCGGAGCCGCCACCACCAUCCUUUCGAAUGGCGAUGAUGUGAUGAUGACGAGUAAAUCGAGUGGAGGAGGAGGAACCGAUGACAUGGAGGAUCUGAUUGAAGAGGAUGAGGAGGAGCCUAAACGGGCGCCCCCUGUCAUCGGACGUAUCGCAAUGAUACCGGACACGUCGGUCCUCUCGCAAGUUCACCUUAGACCGUCUGCCGAUCGGACGCCACCCGAGUUUUCGCCACGUGGCGGCGAGGCGUCGCCGACGAUGGUGCAUAAGGUGUUGGAUGCGGCGAGCGACUCGCCGCCACCACCGCUUCCGCAGAGGAAUAGAAUCGGACCCGGAGGCGCGCCACCACCCCUACUCCCGCCAAAACCGGAACCCCGUACUCGUCUCGUUGGCAUCGGCUCCCCGACCACGCCCCCAGCUACCGGAGGCACCGAUGACGAUGAGAAUGCGAAUAGUCGACGAUCGGUGGCCGAUAUGGCGAAAAUAUUCCAGAAAUGA